AUGUGGAUCGUCAAGGCACCUGCCGGCUCCAAGCUGUUCAUAUCCAUCACCGACAUGAUGGUGACCGGUAGCGCCACCUCCUGCACUUCGCUUCUGACGGUAAAGAGGAACUUGCUGGGCCAGAACGGUACAGAUUACUGUGGUCAGGGCUUCGAUAAACCUAUCAUGUCUGUGGACAACGUGAUAGCUCUGAUCCUGGAAGCUGGAACCUCCUCAAGCAGCUACCUCCUGGCCACAGCAACACUGCUUCCGGCUGACGAAUGGUGUUACAAUCUGGCCGACAAAGGCGCCACCUACAAUGGAGAAAGGAACGUAGCAGAAGAUAACACCCCGUGUAUGAACUGGGGUGAAGCGGCAAAGUGUGACGUCAUCCCCUUUACUUUCAGGCCCUUGCAAGCUGACUAUUCUGGUAAUCAGUGCCGGAAUCCUGGUAGUGGGCGACCUCAGCCAUGGUGCUAUACUGACGACAAUUCUGGAGGCUGUGUCGUCAAACUUUGCAACGCAUGCAACUACGGCGGUGACUACGACAGCUAUGAUGACUGCAGCGCCUUAAUUGCUGCUAAUAGCAACUACUGCACAACCGACGAUGCAGCCAUCGGCUGUCGAGACACCUGUAACUUGGAUCAGACCAUCUCGAGUGCAAGUUCUUGUGGUGCUCCGUCUGAUGUGGAUGGUGGAAGCUUUAUCGGGGCGCCAUCAGCAUCUUACAGCAUCGGCAGCAGCGUCAACUACGAGUGCGACAUCGACAACAGCAUCGUUGUCCCGAGAUUCUGCCUUUCCACAGGACAAUGGUCAGAAAUGGGUGCGAUUUGUAACGGGGGAACAAUAACACCAACUACAACUACAACAACAGCUGCACCAACAACUACCACAACCGGUCCCAUCGUGGUAUGCGAGGCUGGUUACACAGGCAACACCGACGAUGGUUUCUGCUACAGAUAUUUGGGAACUACCACAAGGUUUGGGCAUGCAGCGGCAUGUGCGGCAGAAAUGGCUGAAGUUGCUGACGCCAGAAAGGCUGAAACACAAGCAUUCCUCGUGGCUUUGAGAGACGCCAGCGGGUUGCAGAGAGGAGAGGACUUCUCCACAAGCUGGGACAUCGGCACCAGCGCCGGACCUAAUGGCUUUUCUAACAGGUGUGGCCACAUCGGGUCUCAGUCUGCCGGAAACAAGUUUGCAUCAAGGUGUGGGAAGAAGUGGGACUUAUUUUGUAAGAAGAACUCUUUGGCAAGCUCAACAGCUAGUGAAAAGCCGCUCAUCCGUCACCGUCGCUCCGCCACCAUCUGCGGCGACAGGAGGGGUGACUGUCAGGCCGUUAUCGACUUCAUCCCUGACAUGUGCUCCACGUUUUCAGUUUACGCCCAAGAUUGCCCCGCUUCCUGCGGUAGCUGCAACCCUGACAUGUCAUCACGUCGUGUGCUUUCUUGUCGGACAGUUGUGAACUGCAACGUCCCGACCCCCCAGGCCGGAGACAACACGGUGCUGCAGACCGCUGCCACCUAUCGAAUCCCCGGGCAGGUGAUUCAGUACGCCUGUACCUCAGGUGUACCAGCAUCAGGGAAUCUACAACGUGCCUGCAAGAGGGAUGGCACCCUCACUGGAGCCCGUCCAAUCUGCGCAGAUGUGUCAGCCACAACGUCCUUCGUCACCAAGGGGGAGUUACGCCCCUUGCAAUUCGUCAUGCCAAGAACGCAGAUGUAUGGCCCCUCCCCACUGACAACCAUAACGCGGUCAGGAAAGGUGGUCACGUGGAGGGCGUAUUGCCGGGAGCCAGGCACAAUCAGACUGAUGAUAAUGAGAAACACAGGCAGCACGGUGACGAUCCUGGGCACCAACGACGUAGACUGUAGACAGAACCGAGUCAUGGAGUGGGACAUACCAUCCGCUCAGAGAAUAUCUGUGCAAUCUGGGGACUUCAUCGGUGCGGCUGAUCUGGCAGGAGGCCGGCUCAUGUACAGCUUCUGUGAAGACUACAACAACUACGGCUACCUCGAGUACAACUUCGUCAGUAAUUCACUCUUAGUUCCAGGAGCACAACUAGCCACAGACACCAGCAAUUACAGCUGUCUUGUUAUCCCGGUCAAUGCUGUGAUAGGACCAUAGACAUUCCGACGCCAACUGUGCCAUCAUGAGUAUAUAUACGAAAAUCUAAGAAACAAGUACUUACCGCAGUGGUCUUUAUCUCAUUUUAAUGCUAAAAGAUUGUCUUCAUUACUGUCUUGCAAGGAUCUUAUAACACAACAUCAACUGGCUUUGUACAUACAUAAUGCUUUUUUGUUACGAAGUGAAUU